AACAGAUCAGAACGUCAAGGCGAAGGCUAAUAGCUGCCGCAUAGAAUUAGCGGGCAGAAGAUGAGGCCUUAUGGUGAUGUUCCCGGACGCUGCAAGCUGGCUCGACACGUUGUAGUCGGUCUUGUUGCAGUGUGCUGCUUUAUACAUCCACCAUGUUUUUCCGCAUCAAGACGUAAAACUGACGCGGAUGGUCGUACUAGCAUAGUACUUAAGUAAAGUCCGCAGCGAUCGAAGUAGAUCUCUGUGAACAGCUGUGGCACUUACCAAAAACAACAUGGACAGUGAUUGUCAGUCUGGAGGUUCGGGGCAAACAGCUGGACCGAACGCGAACCGAGGCUCGUCGUUUCCUGCAUUUCCUCUUUGGAAUAGUGCCCCAGGGCCAGACGGCGCCAUGAAUCCUCCUUGGAAUAGUGCCCCAGGGCCAGACGACGCUGCUGCAACAGCAGGUACAACUAGUAGACUCAGCUGUGGGGAAAGUGUUUUUCACGAAAGUCAAGUCAGCACUCAAGCCCCUUGCUCACAGUCACAGCAGGAAUUCCAGUCGUCGCAGUCUGGUGCUUUUUCCCCCGUCCAGGACUCCCAGCCGAUGGACAUUGUGAACUCGCCAGAGCCGCACGUCAUCGCAGAUGUUGACGUUGCCCACUUACAAUCUGGUGAGGCCAUCCGGUUCCCGGGCAUUUUGAGUGAGGGUCCUCGUCCGCCGCCGCCCACUGGAGCAGAUGAAGGCUCGCAUCCUGAAAAUUUUCAAGCCGCUGGCCCAGGGCCUCCAGGGCUAGCGGUGGUUCGCGAAGACGGCCAGUUAGCGAAUAUGUUGCCGGACCCGGAUGGCAGCGGCAGUAUGGUCCUGCCUAUUGCGUCGGUGCUGCGAGACCUCGCAGAGCCGCUAGGCACGCGAACUGCCUACUCGACCGCUUGGCAAUGCUUCGUUAACCGUGUUGCGGCGCACUGGAAUCAGUGGUCUUCUGACAUGCCACAAGCACUGCGCGAAAAAGUGUUGGACACGUGGCUAAUUCACGAUGCACCUCCGAACCGACCUCACCCAAUGAGCCCGGCCGGUUUGCUGCGCUUUUUAUAUUGGCUGCAAUCAGAGCGAGUUUUCGUGUGUAAACUUUCACAUCACAGCCUUCAUUGUGCUUUGCAAGGUGGCGAAGACCUGGCGGAAUGCGCUGCGCGACUCGUCUUGGAGAACGCGAAAGAACGCGUGACCCCAGCGCCAGGGUCCGGACACGCGCGCCGCUUUAGCAACACAGAGUCUCUUCGCCGCCUGCAGCAAAUCCUUCUGCACCGUUGGCAAGAACCUCGCUUUCAUGUUGCUCCCGGCACCGGCUACACAGCUCUGCAUGCAUAUGUGGAUUCUCUGAACCCGGAGCAGCUGACAGCUUCAUCUCAAAGUGAUAUGCAGAAUGUUGAGUCCACGAAUACGUUCAUACCGUCAGAUACGAAUACGCUGCAACAUCUUUCCGAACCUAUCACAGAAAGCGUCCGGGCACACCUCCAGCGCGAACCUGAGUCUAUUGAUUGGAUGAACCGCGAUGGGUGGACGCCGCAUGAUUUGUUUCGUUUCAAGCUAGGCGAAUUGUGCCAACGCGGACACACGCCCAGCAUCGACGCUCGCCGCGCGUUUCAGGUUUUGCGAUCAGCAGCGCAAGAGGGAAAGAGAGACGGUCCUGUUCAAUCGCGCUUCUUUGCUUCAAUUCGGAUUCUGACGCUUCGGCACAAAAUUUAUGACCGCCUCAGCGCUUCCGAAGAGCUAGCGGACCCUCGCUUUCCGCCAGCUGAAAUUGCACGAUCGCCCAGUCGUCUGGGCGGACAGGGAGGUGGUGUUCAGGACGACACGGCUCGAGACCAAGCUGCGCAUGCUCCUACCCGUCUUCGCCCCAUCGUGCAGAUGCACCCACAGCGAUACAGCCUGUAUCAAAAUUGGAAAGGGUGUGAGUACCUCCCUCGGCCUUUUUUCUCUGCAGCUUACGAAGAGAACGUCUUCGGGCUGCUGAUGUUCGUGGCUGAUGUCCUCGGCAUGUUGCUUGUGGGGUCCGACAUUCCGGAUGUGCCAGAAGAAACGCUGGAUGACUACUUCGAGCACCUCGAAAGGAGUUUUCUUUUCUGGAUCGUCAAAUCGUACCCCGACCGCAAGGCCGUGCUGUUCUACUGCGCCCUCGAGCACCAUUUCCCACAGUUUAUCGAGGAUGUUUCGUACCUGCUUCAAGGACCUUCCAGGUCAUCCGGACGGCAGGAGGAGGGAUCCUCCUCGGGUGAUUUCCAACGCAUGCGGAGAGCAUGAGCGGUUACUAGCAGGAGCGCGAGCGUCGGGAAGUAUCUAUAAGUACCCUCUCAGGGGGAGUUUACUUGCUCUGCUUUGUCUACUGUGUCCGUCACUCGCGCAUGCAAUCCUCGAGGGCGGGAUUGAACAAGGACAGACACUGACGUGAAUGAUCAACUUAAGACGGACCGGAUUCCGCGAAGCGCCGGAGAAUUGUCGAGUGCAUCAUGAAGUGACGGAGCACGGCGCGCGGCAUUUCAGUCGCGACCGACGUAGCCGCCCAAUCGUUGCACUCUUGUCGCAGUUUUUGCAGACACUUUGCCUGUUGUCUGCUGGCAACUGCUUUCGUUCUGAUUCUGCACAUUUAAGUAUGCUUUGUAGGGUGCGCUACUUGUACUUGAAUAAACACCCUCUUGUUUGAACACUGAGCUCGUUUCUUUUUGCUGCGCGGGCGGCG